AUGGCUUCGACGCAGGUAUACGACAGCGACCGAACGGUUCAAGAUGAUCAGAGCUCAAGUAAUACUGGAGAACCCACAAAAGGUUUGACAGUGACGUUCCGGGAUGUGAGCAUUCAAGUUCACGGCCUUGGAGAAGACUUUGGAUCAACAUGUUUCUCUGUGCUUGGCGACUUGAUCCCUUUCGGCAAAGGCAAGAAAUCUGAAAGGCAUAUACUUCACGACAUCACUGGACAGGUCAGGCCGGGAGAGAUGCUCCUAGUUCUCGGACGGCCAGGAUCCGGUUGCACUUCGCUUUUGAAAGUCAUUUCUAAUCACCGGGAGGAAUUCCAUCACGUGAGUGGAGAUGUCAGAUAUGGCAACCUCGGUCCAAAGGGAGCGCAGCAGUUUCGCAACCAGAUUGUGAUGAACACCGAGGAUGAUCUGCAUUUCCCUACCUUGGAAGUCGAACAGACGCUUAAUUUUGCAACUUCGACAAAACUUCCCGCACGAAAACCUGAUAAUGUUGUCAGCGCAAACGAAUGGACGUCGCAGAAGACGGAUGCCAUCCUAAAAUCUUUAGCAAUCAGCCACACUAAGGAUACUAUGGUUGGCGAUGAGGUCAUUCGUGGAGUUUCCGGGGGCGAGAGAAAAAGAGUGUCCAUCGCCGAGGUCAUGGCCACGCAGGCAACCGUGCAGUGCUGGGAUAACUCUACAAGAGGUCUAGACGCCAGUAAUGCUUUGGAUUUUGUCCGAGUGCUCCGCAAAAUGGCUGAUGAAGAGCACAAAUCCAUUAUCGCGACUCUCUACCAGGCUGGCAACGGGAUUUAUGACCUUUUCGAUAAAGUCCUUGUCCUAGCUGAAGGAAGGGAAAUCUACUACGGCCCCACAUCGCAGGCCAAGCAGUAUUUCGAGAAUAUGGGGUUUGAAUGUACUCCUGGAGCAAACAUCUCUGACUUUCUCACUUCCGUAUCUGUUCACACCGAGCGUCAAAUCCGAUCUGGAUACGAAGACAAGGUUCCCAACACUGCAGCCGAAUUUGAAUCCGCAUACAAGGCUAGCCCCGAAUUUGACCGCAUGAAAAGAGAAAUCGAGGAAAAGCCCGAAAAAUCACUUUCUGAAGAGGUUGAAGAUUUGUUUACUAUCAGGCAAAAAGAAAAAAAUCGCUCUCUAGCCUUCCUCUCCCGCCAGAAAAGCCCUUAUCAAGUCUCAUUCACCAGCCAAGUUCGUACUUGCAUCAAAAGACAGUUUCAGAUCAUUUGGGGCGACCGCUGGUCAAACAUAUUGCAAAUCGUCUCGGCACUCAUCAUGGCUCUCGUGACAGGUAGUCUCUUCUAUGACCUCGCCCCCGAUAGCAGGUCUAUUUUCACUAGACCCGGUGCGCUUUUCUUUCCUAUUCAGCUCUUUGCCAUGAACAAAAUGUCAGAGACUACAGCAUCUUUUAUGGGACGACGAAUCAUUUCCCGACAAAAACGGCUUGCAUUCAACAGACCUGGAGCAUAUGCACUUGCGUGUGCGGCAACAGAUGUUCCGUUGACCCUUUUGCAAUUUUCGCUCUUUCAACUCGUCUACUAUUUUAUCGUCAACUUUCAAAGGGAAGCAGGCCAUUUUUUCACCAACUGGUUUGUCCUCAUUCUAUGCACACUUUGUUUUGCGUCUCUUUUCCGUAUGAUUGGCGCAUGGUGCAAGCAUUUCGGAUUAGCUUCCCAAAUUACAGGGUGGAUGACUAUGGUGUACAUGGUCUAUGCAGGCUAUCUUAUUCCAGUGCCGAGCAUGCCAGUUUGGUUCCGGUGGAUCAGCUGGCUUAAUCCAGCGACCUAUACCUUUGAGUCGAUCAUGGCUAAAGAAAUGGGCGACCUCACACUGGAUUGCGUUGACCCCCAAUACAUCCCUUUUGGACCCAGCUACAACGAAAGCCCCUAUCGAAGCUGUACGGUUAGAGGCUCAGCGUCAGGAUCGUCCCUAAUUAACGGCGAGACGUAUAUGAAUGCGCAAUAUUCGGUAUAUCGUGCACAUAUAUGGCGUAAUGCCGGGAUUCUCAUAGGCCUCUGGAUUUUCUUCGCCUUCAUGACAGCAGUUGGCUUCGAAAUCAACCUCCACGGGGAUUCUGGUUCGAAGGUCCUAUUUGAUCGCAGAAGCCGUCAAAAGGAAUUGGCCCGAUCUUCUGAUGCGGAGAAGGCUGAUUCACCCCCGGCUUCUCCAGACCUGUCAUCCAUGGGUCUCAAGAAGACCGUUUUCACUUUCAAAGACAUCAGCUACUUUGUACGCCAUGGAGGCCAAGACCUUCAGCUUCUCCGUGGUGUUUCCGGAUAUGUUAAGCCGGGUCAGCUCGUCGCAUUAAUGGGAAGCUCUGGUGCUGGAAAGACGACACUAAUGGACGUCCUGGCACAAAGAAAAGACAGCGGACGAAUCGAAGGCAGCAUUAUGGUCAACGGAAAGCCUCAAGACAUUAGCUUUCAACGCACGACAGGCUACUGUGAGCAGAAUGAUGUACACGAGCCCACAGCCACUGUGUGGGAAAGCCUGAUUUUCUCCGCAAGACUGCGGCAAAGUCAUAGUGUUUCGGACCAAGAGAAGGAAGAUUACGUCAAAGGCAUUAUGGAUCUGCUGGAACUGACUCCUUUGCAGCAUGCUAUCGUUGGUACUCCUGGAUCUGGUCUCUCCAUCGAGCAACGCAAGCGGUUGACACUCGCCACGGAGCUCGUUGCCAAGCCAUCCCUGCUCUUCCUUGACGAACCUACAUCAGGUCUUGAUGGACAGUCUGCCUAUGAGAUUUGCCGAUUUAUGCGCAAAUUGGCCGCCUCGGGUCAGACAAUCAUCUGCACUAUACACCAGCCCUCUGCUACCCUUUUCGAUGCCUUUGACGUGCUUCUGCUACUGGCACGUGGGGGAAGGACAACAUACUUUGGACAGACAGGCAAGAAUUCUGCUACUGUCAUCGACUAUUUUGCCCGAAAUGGAGCUCCCUGCCCGCCAAAUGCUAACCCUGCCGAACACAUUGUCGAUGUAGUUCAGGGCCGAUUUGGAACCGAUAUUGACUGGCCUCAGACGUGGCUUGACUCACCGGAGAGAGAAAUCGUUAUGUCAGAUUUAGAUACCCUGAAUACGACCCAAGGUGAGGAAAAGACUGCUGUUACUUCCACAGAAGUGAUACAGGACGACGAUAACCAGCUUACCGGUUUUGCGACCCCUCUCUAUUAUCAAGUCUACCUCGUUACUUUCCGUCAGCUGAUCGCCCUCUGGCGUAACCCUGAUUAUGUGUGGAACAAAAUAGGACUUCACAUAACCAACGGGCUAUUCGGUGGCUUCACCUUCUGGAUGCUGGGCAAUGGGACGUUUGAUCUGCAACUUCGCCUUAUGGCAGUGUUCAACUUCGUUUUCGUCGCGCCAGGUUGUAUCAACCAGUUGCAACCACUGUUUAUUCGAAAUCGCGACGUCUUCGAGACACGAGAAAAGAAAUCCAAAACCUACCACUGGUUUGCAUUCGUUGCUGCGCAGUUAUUAUCCGAGACGCCCGUGUUGAUAGUAUGCGGCACAUUGGCAUUUGUGACCUGGUACUUCACAGUAGGCUUUCCGGUCGAAGCCAGUGUGUCAGGACAGGUCUACAUCCAAAUGAUACUUUAUGAAUUCCUUUACACAUCGCUUGGCCAAGCAAUUGCUGCAUAUAGCCCGAACGCAUAUUUCGCUGCCCUAGCAAAUCCUAUCCUUAUCGGUGCCGGACUGAUCAACUUCUGUGGAGUUGUUGUCCCUUAUUCACAAAUUCAGGCUUUCUGGCGCUAUUGGCUGUACUGGCUUGACCCGUUUACUUACCUGAUUCAAGGUCUACUUGAGCCCGUUGCUUGGGGAGUAGAGGUUCAGUGCAAGUCAGCUGAGCUAACAUACAUUAGUCUCCCAAACAACAGCACUUGCGGGGAGUAUAUGGCAGAGUUCCUGUCUUCAGAAGCGGGUUAUGUGGUUGAUCCGACGAAUAGCACAUCAUGCCCUUAUUGCCCUUACACUACAGGCGCGGACUACUUGAAAACCAUGAAUAUUAACAACUCCAGCUAUGGCUGGCGUGGCGUUGGCAUCACUGCGCUCUUCUGCGUUUCGUCAUACGCGCUUGUUUUCUUGAUGAUGAAACUCAGAACCAAAACCACAAAGACAGCCAAUUAA